CAGCUGUUGCUUGUCCACCAUGCUGCAGCUUGUUUUCUGUUUACUACAAAUUAGGUUGUGUUAUAAUUUGGUCAUUUAAGUCAAGUUUGGAUAAAAACAAGAGCACAAAGGAGCACCAAAUAUUUUGGAUUCACACAUUGCAGCAACCAAAUGAAAUGGUGAACGACAAUCGAGAAGCUAACGACAAACUGUCCGGCUAUGAGUUCUAUCAUCGCGUGCUGGGCUCACCGCGCUAUGUUGUGGCCCCAAUGGUGGAUCAAAGUGAAUUGGCGUGGCGGAUGCUCUGUCGUCGGUAUGGUGCUCAGCUCUGCUACUCGCCCAUGUUCCAUGCCAAUUUGUUUGCCAACGAUCUCAAGUAUCGCAAGGACGCACUGCAAACGUGUCCUGAGGAUAGACCUUUGAUCAUACAGUUCUGUGGCAAUGAUCCACAACAGAUACUUGAGGCAGCGCUGGCGGCACAGGAUUACUGCGAUGCUGUGGACAUUAAUCUGGGCUGUCCACAGGCCAUUGCCAAGCGUGGACACUACGGCUCUUUCCUGCAGGAUGAGUGGGAGUUAUUGUCCCAAAUUGUUCGCACCCUGCAUGAGAAGCUCUCUGUACCGGUGACCUGCAAAAUACGACGUUUUGAGGAUCGAGAGAAGACUAUUAAGUAUGCUAAAAUGCUGGAAGCUGCCGGCUGUCAAUUGCUUACGGUACAUGGACGCACACGGGAACAGAAGGGUCCACUCACUGGCAUUGCCGAUUGGAGUUACAUUAAGGAUGUGAGGCAGCACAUUAAGAUACCCAUGUUUGCCAAUGGCAAUAUUUUGGGUCUGGAGGAUGUGCAUCGCUGUCUGGACGAGACUGGCGUUGAUGGUGUCAUGACAGCCGAGGGAAAUCUACAUAAUCCCGCUUUAUUUAAAGGCAUCUCACCGCCCGUCUGGCAAAUGGCCACAGAGUACUUAGAAUUUGUGGAUAUUUAUCCAUGCCCUACCUCCUAUAUACGCGGUCAUCUCUUCAAGCUCUUUCACCAUAUCAUGAAUAUAAGACAGAACUCGGGGCUGCGGGAACAGCUGGCGACGGCCAAUCAACUGGAGCAAUUUCACAGUGUUGUGGCCAAAGUGAAGUCUAAAUACGAGGCCUAUCACACAGGUAGCGUUUCCUACGAGCCGGAAGAGAUGGAGCUUAACAUGUGCGCUGACGAAUCAGGGGAGCUGCGUCCUUGGUUGUGUCAACCUUAUAUUCGCGCUUCGCCCGAGUCUCACCGCCAGAAGAUCGCCGAAAAGGAGCGCGAAGCUAUCGAUCCGAAUCGCACAAAACGACAGUACUUUGACAAUGCUGGCAAUGAAAUCUCCCGGAAACGCAUGAAGAAGCUACGACGUCGACAGCGGCGACCCACAAAAACGGACGCACAAAUCCAACUGCGACACGAGCGUCAUCUUGAGUAUUGCACACAAUGCGCUAAUCCUCUGGGCUCCAAGUGCGAGUUUCGAUUGUGUCGCAUCUGCUGUCGGGACAAAUGCUAUGCGGAGGAUUGUGACUGCCCGGGACAUGGCAUACUCAUUAAAUCACGACGUGCCAAGGCCAAAAAAUACGAGGAGCAUUCCAGGCAGCAAAAUAUCAAUGAUUCCCAAGUUGUUGCUGAAAAGUCACAGACCAUCGAAAAUGAUGAUGAUGCAUUAACUGCCAAUAUUUCUUGAUAUCCAUUUACGGAUCUUAGCGAAUUUGUACCAUAUAAUGUAGGAAAGUACCUUUACUGUUGUUCCUAUGCCCUUGUGUGCGAAUAAAACAAAUCUACCAAGUUUAA